GGGGUUGGCCGCAUUGCCGGAGGGUGUCCGGCCCCGGCCGCGUGGGCAGCAGAGUGCGUGUGGCGGGAGCGGGCGAGGGUGUGUGUGAAGAGAGAGAUUGAAGGAAAGGGCUCCAGAGGCUGAAAGUCCGGACUCAGACUUGGCAGGACCGGGAGACUCGCCAAGGGCGCUGGAGGGUGUCCCAGCUUCAAGGAAUCAUCAUCCAGGGACCUACCAGAGACCACAAGAAAACAUGGGGAGAAUUUUCCUCACAGGAGAAAAAGCCAACUCAGUGUUAAAACGCUACCCAAGAGCUAAUGGACUUUUUGAGGAGAUAAGACAGGGCAACAUUGAGCGUGAAUGCAAAGAAGAAGUCUGCACAUUUGAAGAAGCAAGAGAAGCUUUCGAAAAUAAUGAGAAAACUAAGGAGUUUUGGAACACUUACACAAAAGCACAACAAGGAGAGAGCAACAGAGGAAGUGACUGGUUUCAGUUUUACCUUACCUUCCCAUUAAUCUUUGGCCUCUUCAUUAUCCUCCUCGUCAUUUUCCUCAUCUGGAGGUGCUUCCUCAGAAAUAAAACUCGCAGGCAGACAGUGACUGAAGGCCACAUUCCUUUCCCUCAGCACCUCAAUAUCAUCACUCCGCCUCCCCCACCAGACGAAGUGUUUGAUAGCAGCGGACUGUCCCCAGGCUUUCUGGAAUAUGUCGUCGGGCGCUCGGAUUCUGUUUCCACCCGCCUGUCCAACUGUGACCCCCCGCCGACCUACGAGGAAGCCACUGGCCAGGUGAACCUGCGGAGGAGUGAAACAGAACCUCAUUUGGAUCCACCCCCGGAAUAUGAGGACAUCAUCAACUCCAACUCAGCCAGUGCCAUUGCUAUGGUGCCAGUGGUCACCACCGUCAAGUGAAACUACAAACCUCUUUUUACUAUAAUUGUUUUUAAAAUACUAAUGAAAGAACUUUCUAGCACUUUACCACUACAUAAAUGUCCAUUUGACUUAUUGGACUCUGACAGCAUACCACUUUGCAUUCUGAUUUGAUUUUCAUUAGUUUUAUUUCCUACUAUAAAAUCAUUAUCUAUGCUCAUUUUUGCUAAUGGAAAUAUGUGAAGAGGGAAAACAGGCUAGUGGGGGGUCUUCAUGUGUACACACACGCGUGUGUGCGCAUCAGCCCAGUAUAUGCACAACUCACUUAAAACACUAUUAACUUCUGUCUAAAUCACCCAUAAAGGGAACAUUACUCACCAAAAUUGGGGGGGGGCGGAAGGCACCAACCAUUUGUGUCAUAGCCAGCAAUAUGCUGUUGACUUUUGAAAAUAAGAUGACCUGAGCAUGUCUUCUAAUUCUUACAGGUUUUCAUUAACCUCCUUUUUCUUAAGGUUUUCUGACCUUAAAAAAAAAAAUGAAUGUAGUCAAUCUCGACUUUAGAAACAUCUCAGAAAGAUAAUGAAGAUGGUACAAUAAACACGAAUUUGCUUAUUAGUGGCAUCGGGCUGGCUUUGUAGGAGGGACUUUCUGUUGACUGCCUCCCCCACAAGAAUUAAACAGUAUUUGCUUAUUAUCUUUGAAUGUCUCAUGCUAUUUGUAUUAACAUCUUGGUAGCGUGGAUUUCCUGACAACGGAAUACUUUCUAAAAUAGACAUAGGUAUUAAUGACAGGGAACAGAUGCAGAUUUCUCCUUUGCUCUCUGGGGACAAUAUUUUCUUCCUCGUUGUUUCACUGCAUUUUAGUCUACUCCCUCUGCUCCCACCACAGAAUCUUCAAACACCUAGGAAUUUAGCUAAAAUUCUUGAUGUUAUUUUCUUAAUGGUUUUGUAUAGACUGAAGCUUUUGUCUCACGAUGAUUAGGAGGUAAUUUUCCAUUAAAUUAAGAAGUGUGAUUUUUAUAUUGUUCUCCAGUAGGUGGCGGAAGAGUGCAAAAUCUGUGCUGUGGCAGGUGCACAAUAAAUCUGUUAUAGCUGCACACAGAUCUCAGUGUUGGUAUUUCAUUUUGUAUUUUCAUCAGAUUUUACCUGCAGGAUUUUUACUUUUCCCUUGGAGCGGGGGGAAUUGGCUGUGAAUGAACUGCAACAGCAAUUGGCUCAGAAAAGAAAGAAACCAGUUGUCUGGUGUGAAGUUCUAUUAUGUGUGCACUGAUGGAAAAUUCAUCCCAUCAGUCAGGGACGUGUCUGUGCCACUCCCCAGACUCCUGAGUGUUGGGUAAAUUGGUUGACGAGGCAGAGGGAGUGCAGGUUGAGGAAAUGUCAUACCCUGUUGCCUCCGUCUCCAUCCCCACCAACCCCUGCCCCAAGCCCAAGGAAGGAGGACCCUAAAUGAGGAGUCAGAUGACCUGAAUUCUAAUCCCACCCUGCCACGUACUUGCCAGGCUACCCUGGGAAACACCCAUUUCAGACCCUCAAAUUCCUCACCUCUGAAAUGGUGACCGUAUUUUUUGUCCUGCCUUUGUCCUGGGGCUUUAAAAGGAUCCAAUGAGAUGGUGUGCAUGAACGUAAUCUGUAAGAUGUGACGAGUUAUCUAGGUGUAAGGUCGUAGCAUUGUCCUCACUGCCCUUAAGGCAGAAUCUUUGCCCUGUUUCCCUAAAAUUUCUCCGAGUUUUCACACAGUGAGAAAUAGACUAGGCUGCCCCAUAAAUGGCGAACGUGUUCCUAAUCUGAGCGUAUGGCCUCUUAAACUCCUGCCAUUCUCUGGUCUACACCAAAGCUGUGCCAACUUAACGACGACUGCCAGCUCAGCACAAACAGGAAUCAACAGAUGUUGGCAAGAGGAACUGCGAUGUAUGUGGUUAGUUAAUAGGUUUUAUAGCUUUCAUGAAUUAAAAAUAUUGAACCUGGUCUCAGCAGAAAUGACAAUAAUGUUUUAAAUUUGGCUGCAAGUACAUGGUGAUCUUUGGCUUCUGUUUAAAGCUGAAAGGCUGAGUGUCUGAUCCACUGAUUUGUAUUUGUGUGUGUGUGUGUGUUUCGGUUUAUUUUUAAAAGAAAAUUAAGGUUCUUUUUGUGUGGACUUUUUUUUUCCGGUCAUUAAUAUCAGGCCUUAGACUAAACCAGCAGUUUUCAAAGUAUGGCCUACGAAGCCCUGGGAGUCCCUGAGGAACUUUGCAAGGAUCUGUGAGAUCAAAGCUGCUUUCCUGGUGAUACACAAACAUUGUCUUUUUACACUCUCUCUCUCAAAAAAGUAGUUUAAAAAGUAAGUGCCAUCUUCCCACAAAUUAUUUUUCUCUUUUAAAUAAUAUAGCUCCUUUCUUUAAAAUGUUAUUUAUGUUGGCAUGUAAUGGACUUCUUAAUUUUUAAGUGAAUACUGUCUUCAGUUUUAUUUUCUAAUACAACAAAUACCGGUAGAUAUGAAGUCCAGAAACAAAAGCUCCUUGGCGUCCAGCUCCCCAGUAAAAUGUUAAAAGUAUAAAGGGAUCUGGAGACCAAAAGUGUGACAAUUACAGGGUUAGACAAAGGAGCAGAAUAUAUUCUUGCAAUUUUAUUUUACAUUUUAAACUCCCAGUAUUGGAUUUAAUGCUGCCUCUUAGAGAUACCUGAAUUUAAGUAAAAGAAUGAAUGUUGAUCCUUAAAGCAAAAUCCAAACGCUUACACUGAUCAAUGACUACAUCUUGUCAGACUGUUGGUCAAAGAAAACACUCUCCUCCAGUCAUAACUGGCCUCAGCCACAGGUCUCACAGCAGCGCUCACAUGAUGCUGACAAGAUAAAUAAACACUGCCUUUAAGAAACCUUCUCUUAGGCUUGUUCGUUUGAUUUUGGUUUGGGUUUUACAUUUCUAAAAACCCCUUUGCUACCCUAUCUGGUUUUAUAAACCGAGUUUCUUAACAUUUAUUAUAAAGGGGCUUGUCUGGAAUACUAUAUAUUUUUUAUGCUUUUGCCUUUCUUACCUGAUUGAUAUUACAUUCACCUUUGAUCAUUUUUAAUAAAGGUUUAUUUUUACAGAUUUAUGUAGUACCUUUCUGAAGCAGUAACUAAAUUGAAUCAACCAGUUUGCAUCUAAAUGAAAGAAUGGGUUUCGUGGUCUUUCCUAGUGGAAUGGUUUCCGGCCUCCACCUGCAGUGGUUGGGUCUGGAAUCCCCGAAGUGGCACUUUUCUGCCUCCCUGCUUUGAAUGUCACAACGAAUUGUAUCUGCUUAAAGUAAGUGAAAGGAUUUCUUUUUUUCCUAUCUCCUGUACAAAUACAGAUGCUGUGUUUGAUUCAUUGUUAAUGAUGACUUCAAGAUGGAUGAUCUGCUAUGAUAACUGUAGAGGGAGCUUUUAACUUGGUUCUCUGUAAAUAGCAUGUAUUUUAUUAUAAUAUUUCACAUUUUAAAAUACUUGGUUUACAUUAAAUUAUGGUAUUUAACUUUUUAUGUUUAUACUAGGUAAGGUUUUUCUUAUGUUUCUGUGUUUUUGGUAUGCUAAAUAAAGCUAUUUUUAAACCCAA